AUGCAACUCAAACUUAUUCAAAAGCCAGUUGAGCCGGAACCUUUGAGAACAAUCGAAUCAACAAUCGCUGAACGCUUGGAAAAUGAAAGCUUCAAUUGGAUGAAGCCGAUCGAAAGAAAUCUUUAUAAAGUACCUGAUGAGCAGAAACAUCUUUCAGAAGAACAACUCAAGGAGCUUUACUCUAAUGGAGGUGUCAUGAAUGUGUACCCUUUUCGUGAGGACUCGGAAGUUGAUAUCCCGCCGCCAGUGAAUUCUUUCAAGCAGGCAUUUGGAAAUAAUCCGGCAAUUAUGGCCGAAAUUGAGAAAAAUGGGUUCGAAAAACCAUCCCCGAUUCAGUCACAAAUGUGGCCAAUUCUUCUCUGCGGAAAAGAUUGUAUUGGAGUAUCACAGACAGGAUCUGGUAAGACACUUGCAUUUCUGCUUCCUGCUUUUCUACACAUCGAUGCUCAACUGGCACAGUACGAGAAAAACGAAAAGAAACCAUCGCCGUUCGUCCUCGUUCUCAGUCCAACUCGUGAAUUGGCUCAGCAGAUUGAAGGUGAAGUUCAAAAGUACAGUUAUAACGGCUACAAAAGUGUUUGCUUGUAUGGCGGUGGCUCGAGAUCGGAACAAGUGCAAUCUUGCAAAGGCGGAGUAGAAAUCGUAAUUGCGACUCCUGGUCGAUUGACCGAUCUUUCCAACGAUGGAGUAAUUUCUCUCGCUUCUGUGACUUACGUUGUCUUGGAUGAAGCCGAUCGUAUGUUGGAUAUGGGAUUCGAAGCCGCCAUCCGUCGUAUUCUUUUUGAAAUUCGUCCUGAUCGGCUCGUUGCGUUGACUAGCGCCACCUGGCCAGAGGGAGUGAGAAAUCUGACUGACAGAUAUACCAAGCAAGCUAUUAUGGCUGUCAACGGUAGUCUUGACUUGACGUCGUGCAAAAGUGUUACUCAACACUUUGAAUUUAUUCCCCAUGAAAACCGAUUCGAACGUGUAUGUGAAAUCGUCAACUUUCUCAACAACGCUCACGGAAACAGUUACAAAAUGAUUAUUUUCGUCAAAUCCAAAGUGAUGGCAGAUCAUCUUUCAUCCGAAUUCUGUAUGAAAGGAAUCAAUUCGCAAGGACUUCAUGGUGGAAGAUCUCAAUCAGAUCGUGAGCUUUCCCUGAAGAUGCUGAGAACCGGAGAGGUUCAGAUUUUGGUCGCUACGGAUCUCGCGAGCAGAGGAAUUGAUGUUCCCGAUAUCACGCACGUUCUCAACUACGAUUUUCCUAUGGACAUCGAAGAAUACGUCCAUCGUGUUGGUCGUACUGGAAGAGCUGGUCGCAAAGGUGAAUCGAUGAGUUUUAUGUGGUGGAACGAUCGUUCAAAUUUUGAUGGUUUGAUUUCGAUUCUCGAAAAAUCUGGUCAGGAAGUGCCAGAACAAUUGAAACGUGAUGCUGCUCGCUAUCGACAGAAGUGUCAAGACGGCCGAGAUGGACCACGUCCAAGCUUCCGCAACCGUAAUAACAAAGAAUCUUCUUUCCAAUCCUCGUAUUAA